AUGUCCAAAGAGGGCCACUUGGAGAGAACCGCAAAUGAACCCCGUGAUCUAUUUCUCCCAGGACAAUGGCUCGACGUGUACGUGCCAACAGUAGCCAAGCCCGGCGGGUUCACCAUCACGUCGGCACCGUCCUCAGCAGCAGCAGCAAGACGACCAGGCUACCUUGAGCUAGCGAUCCAGCAGUCGCCCGACAACGCGCCGGCGGCGUGGCUGUGGCAGCAGCCCGCAGACAAAAUCCUCGGCUCUGAGCUCCGCGUGCGCGUGGGCGGGAGUUUCGUGUGGCCGCCGGCACCACCGUUCGAGCCUAGACGUGCAGUGUUCGUGGCGGGCGGCGUAGGGAUCAACCCGCUCAUGAGCAUUCUCAGCGCGCUGGCCGAGAGCAGCCGACGGCGCGCGGACGUGGAGGUCUGCGUGCUGUACUCGGUGAAGAUGCCGUCGCCGACGUUGACGGGAGCGAUAUCGGCCGAUGGGAUCCUGUUCCUGGACAGGAUUGCCGCGCUCUUAGGUUCCACUGCACAACAGCCGCCGCCGCUCAGGGGCGCGCUGGAGUUGUAUCUCACUGGGGGUGGGGGAGCGGAGCAGACAGCAGCGCCCGGCAACGGCAGGCAGGAAGUACUGGCAUGUAACGGCAUUGAUGUGCCAUUCUCUAGGAGGAGGAUUACUGUGCAGGACAUAGAGUCCGCGUUAGGCCAUGAUAAGGAGUCGGCUGUCGUCUACAUCUGCGGCGUCCCAGUCAUGACGGAUGAGUUCGUCAGGGGGCUUUAUUCGCUGGGUGGUCUCGGACUAAAGACACAUCAAGUUCUUUUUGAGAAGUGGUGGUGA